GGACGGAUGUUUGCCAUGUGCCAACCAGAGGUUCCCCUCAACCCACUUUUCCAUGAGGCAAACUCACAGCUGGACACAGCCUACCUUGUUGCCAGGGACGGUCAACCAGACAAGAACCUGAACUUCAUGGGCGAGGAGGCCUACGACAGCAAUGAUAACUGGAGCCAAACUACGCCAGGGGAGCCAGAGAUGCUGGAGGGUAAUACUGUUCAGGCACCGGAUAAUCAAGCAUUACUUCUACACAGGCAGAACACAAAGAGCAGACCUAAGGAUGUCCCACAGGUCCUAAACUCAGACGGUGUGUUGCUUGUCUCUGAGGAAGAAGAAGACAUCCGCAGGCCUCCGGAGGGGGCUGAGGUCAGUGGCUUGGAGCAGGAGAAAACCACUGCUGAGGAAAGUAUACAGCUGAAUGAGAAGGUGGCCAGCUCCCCUUUAGAGGACAACGGUUAUGCCAGCAGUUCCCUCAGCAUUGAUAGCCCUGACAGUGGGGGCGCCGGUGCCUGGGACGCGCCUCUUGUUGCCACUGAAGACCAGAGCGGUCAUUCGGAGUCAAAGCUGCCUGAUGCUGACCCUGGAAAGACCUCUCCAGUUUCUGAGGCCUUGUUCCCAGCGCUGGCCGAGGCCUUCCGGAACCUUCAGGAUAAGAAGAAGUUCAAGGAGCGGGAAAAAGAGAAGCACCACGUCCACUUGGUCAUGUACCGCCGCUUGGCGUUGCUCCGCUGGAUCCGCAGCCUCCAGCAGAAGGUAGUUGACCAGCAAAACCGGCUGCAGGAGAGCUUUGACACCAUCCUGGACAACCGCAAAGAACUCAUUCGGUGUGUCCAGCAAGGCAUGGUGUGUGCCAAGAACCCAGCACAGGCUGAAUUGUGAACGAUGCGCUCCAUCUCUGUCUGUGGGCUUCACAGUGCUGCUCCUCCUGGUUACCCAAGCAAGAAG